CCACCAACCACGGGACGCCAGUCCGAACGGAGGCCCUUCACCGAAACAUCAUCUGGCGGCUUUUAUUUGACCAGAGAGAGAAAGGAAAGUGAGAAAGAGAGACAGUGAGAGAGCUGUCUGCCUCUUUUUUUUUUGGUUCUUUUUUAGUCGCUGUUCACGUAGUAGUGAGGUGUGAUGAUGUAUUUUCUGUUUGGUAGAUGGCUAGUUGUUUCAAUGGGAUUGGACUCUUUCAAUCUAUCCAUGUGUCUCAUGUCUCUCUUUUUCUUGUAUUCCUUUUCUUAGCGUUAUGUCUCUAUUCUGCCUGUCUUGUCUCUGUUUUUUUCGCCUCUCUUUUUUUACAUUUCUUGCCUCCCUCCGUACCCAGGAAUACGGUGAUAAUCAUUCCAGUGGCGGCCACGAGUCUUCCCACUCUUAGUGUGGUGCCGCUAAUCCCCAACUGGGUAAGACCGAGCCCACCGAGGUACCACUCCGUACUCUGUUUGUACCUCCCAUACCAAAUUCGGGUGAAUUUCCUGCCCAAAAGUACAGCAGGCAUGUACCCUCUGGGUAAUUAUGGGAAUCGUGUCCAUUUCCCAGCAUGACAAUACAUACUGCGUGUGGU